UUGCUUCCUUCUGAUAGCACCUCAGCAGCAGCUGAAAGCUGCCAGUUCCCCUACCUGCGGGUCUUGAGUCAAGGGUUGACUAAUAUAUUCGAGUUUGUCUUGUGAAUGAAGUUCACUUAAGAAAUGCCCAAGUAAAUGGCAACCAAGAACCACACAAGGGUGCCUGAGUUCAUCAGGGAGGGGCUCUUUGAACAUCCCCACCUCCAAGGUCUGUUCUUUGGGAUCAUCCUGUGCCUCUUUAUGGCUUCGAUUAUAGGCAACUCUUUGAUCAUCCUGGCAAUUGUCCUCCACCUGCCUCUGCACAAACCCAUGUACUUUUUCAUUGCUAACUUGGCUUUAAUUGACAUUGUCUGCACCUCCUCCGUUCUGCCCAAAAUGAUGCAGAACCUGAUACUGGGAAAGAAAACCAUCUCCUUGAAUGGCUGCAUGGCUCAGCUCUUUACCUUCACCUCCUCAGCAGCAACAGAGCUUGUUCUCUUCACUGCAAUGGCUUUUGACAGGUACCUGGCCAUCUGUCAUCCCUUACACUCCGCAAGCAUCAUGACCAAGAGAGUCUGCAUCACAUUAGCAGCCUCAGACAUUGUCUGGGCAGUUGGAGCAAUCAGUUCCUUGGUGCACACCUUGCUCAUGCUUUGACUAAAUUUUUGUGGGCCUAACUUCAUCCAGCACUUCUUCUGUGAAAUCCCACCUCUGUUGGCAUUGUCCUGCAACUCAACCUACCUCAAUGAAGUCAUGGUCUUCAUUGCUGAUGUCUUCCUAGCCAUGGGGAACUUCCUACUGACCAGUAUGUCCUAUGCCUUCAUCAGCAGCAGCAUUCUGGAAAUUCAGAGCUCUGAAGGGAAGCAAAGGGCCUUCUCUACAUGUUACUCACACCUUGUUGUGGUUGCCCUAUACUACUCUGCCAUUAUCUAUACUUACAUUCGGCCGACCUCCAGCUACUUGCUGAAUAAGGACAAGCUGGUGGCCGUUCUGUACACACUUGUGACUCCUGCACUGAAUCCUCUGAUCUACAGUCUGAACAACAAAGAAGUCAAAGUGGCCUUUAGGAAAAUUCUUCCACUUAAGAGAGAGUCAGCUUGA